AUGAAAUCACGACAUGAAAGUGAACCUAAUAUUGUUACCUACAAUUGCUUGAUUGAUGGUUUUUGCAAGGCUGGUGAAAUUGAGAGGGCCCAUGAGCUUUUGGAUCAGAUGUACAAAGAGGGGGUGAUGCCAAAUGUGAUUACACUUAAUACUUUGGUUGAUGGCAUGUGUAAGCAUGGGAGAAUCAAUAGUGCAAUGGGUUUCCUUAAUGAAAUGCAGCAAAAGGGUUUGAAAACUAAUGCAAUUACUUACACUAUCUUGAUUAGUGCUUUCUGCAAUGCCAACAAUAUUGAUAAGGCUAUGGCAUUAUUUGAUGAAAUGUUAAAAACCGGGUGUUCCCCAGAUGCAAUUGUGUACUACUGCUUGAUCUCUGGUCUAAGCCAGGCUAGAAGGGUGGAUGAUGCUAGCUCUGUGGCAUCAAGUCGGGUUCGGCAGGAAGAAUAG